GUAUGGCCGUGGUCUUUAGUCGGUGCGAGCCUGUCCAUCCUUGAGGAAAUUAGUUCUUUUCUCCCCAACCCAGCUGCCCUGAUUCCAUGCUCGAGAAGACUGUAGACCAGUUACUAGGUUAGCUCAGGGAAACGUCCGAUUAGUGCGGUGAUACAGUGCGAUUGGAUUACAAACCAUGAAGUUCCUCCUGCUCGCUUGUCUACUGGUUACGAGCUUAUUAUUAUCCGUCACCGCGAAAACCGAGAUCGAGGAUGCCCAGGAGAAGCCGGAGAUUACGAAGUUGGAAGUAGUCGAUCUCGGCGAGGGCGAGGGCGACGUGGACGACGCGGAAGAAGUUCAGAAAAAGAGGGAUUCGGGGUAUUCGUACAGGAGGCCGGCCAACCACGCUCUAGCCUCGAGGGCUCGUUUCCAAGUUGGACAAUCGAGCCACGGAGGGCGCAUAGUUAAUAGACAUCCCGGGCAAAUAAAUAGACCGGUUACGAAAUACGGCCCACCCGGUUAUCAGAACUCGUCCCCAACCAGGCUGACUUCGUUGCACGGUCAACAGCAUCGGGAUAAAUUGCAAUUCCACGGGCAUUUAGGUCAACAACAUUCGAGCAACUUCGAUGGCCGUCCGGGAGGUGGCCUCCCGUUCGAGCAGGAAAUACCGAGUCCGAUCAGACAGGUCGAUUUCGUGGAACCGAAUCCAAUAUCCACGCAAAACGACGAGCCGUUUGCCGGCCAUUCGGCCAAUUACUUGCCUCCCCACAAUCAAAAGUUACCCGGCCCUUCCACGCCCCAGAUCUUCGCGCCCGUCCACCAGGGGCAGCAACAACAAUUGGUGAAUUUUCAUAAUCGGGACGUCGCUCAGCCCCAAGGGCAUAUAUCGGACGCUGCCCUUUUCCUCUCUCAAAACGCUCAAGCCAUACAACAGCUUUACGGCGCCCCUCCGAACGAGCAGGACUUCGCGCCGAACGCCGACCAAUUCCUAGGCCACGCGAAUCAAGUGUCACGAAAUCCGAACGGGCAGCUCGAAAAUUUCGAGGCAACCUCUCAAACCCCGCAAAACUUCCCGGCUCCCCUGCCGUCUUACGCGUCUGGAACUCUUACCGCCCAAGAGACGUUACAACAGAUACAAUCCCUCGAAAAGGAUAGGCUGAUCGCCCAGUUGCAGCACGCGCUCGCCACCCAGUCUCAGCCACAGAACGUAGCAGUGGACGUAGCUGGAAGGUACGCUCAAAAUCAGCCUGGCUUCGUUCAGAAUCAAGAUCUUCUGGCCUCCAUCGGGCAGCGAAUCACCAAGUUUCACGGUUUAAACGCGCGACCGAGCACCGUGAACUUCGGUUCCGGAAACACAGCUUUCAAUCAAUCACCUUUUUUGCCAGGGACGACCAUCGGUCCGGGGUUUCCGCUUAGCUACGGGCCACUGUCCACCACCGUUCGGCCUUCGACCACCACCGCGACGACAACCUCCACCACGGCAACCACCACAACCGUACAACCCCCUCAACCGGCCAAACCCGAUGGAACCUCUCAAGUCGCUUCUUCGCUGCCCGCGCCGCCCGCGCCGCUUCCCGUUUACGGAGGAUUCGUUCCAUUCCUAGCCGGCACCGCUUUCCUCUCCAACGUCCCGUCCUACGGCCCCGCGUUCCUCGCACCCGGCCCCCUCACCCCCGUCCACUCCUCCUCGUCCACCUCCUCGCCCACCCACUUCGGCCUCCCCAUACCCACCGACCACAAACCCGCGACCGGAAACACCCCCGCGCCACCCACGUCCUCCACCACUCCCCCCGCCAACCGACCGGCCUCCCCUCCCACCUCGCUUCAUCCCGUCCCCACGACACCCCUCCACCCCAUCGCACCCCUCCACCCCGUCACACCCCUCCACCCGGUGCAACCGGUGCUCCCUCCAACGACACACGCGCAUCCCCCGUCGACCACGAAUCCCGGCUACGGAUUGCAAACGGCGGUGAUCAAUCCGCUCCUGUACAAGCCCAUCAAACCGGUCUAUCCGUUCUACUAUUACCAGAACGUCGCGUAUCAAGUACCGAAACCGUCGGCGUUGCCGACUUAUCCGUGGAGCUACGCGCCGACCUAUGCUCAAGCGAAACCGACCCAAAUAUGGUAAAUGAAACGGCGCAUCCCGUUCUUAGCGGGUUAAUUGUGCUAGCUUGCUUCCACUCCUCUUCCCCCUCCUGUAUCGAGACUGACUGUUUACCCACGCGGAAAAGGGAACCCGAGAAAUUGAAGAAGAAAGUAAGUGUGGCACUGUGGCGGCGACUCGCGUAGACGUUUUGGUUUAGAAGAUAACGAGAUAAAGAGAGAGAGAGAGAGAGAGAGAGAUGGUCUCGUUAUUAGCUCGUGGUUGAAAUUUUAAUCUGGAAUUUAUCGUUUAUUUAUAUACACGUUGCAUGGUAUUUUUCUUUUUUUCUUUGUUUUCUUUUUUCGAUAAGUAGAUAAAUAGUUAAAGUUGCAUGUACGGAAUAUCAGGAAUAUCUUAUCGGUUCUUAUUUGUUGGUACGAGGUUUAUCGGUACGUAAGGAAUAAUUAGAGACAGGGUUUUUACUUUUCACACGAAGGUGGGAUAAACGGGAAACUAUUCGUGUUUCUUUUAUUUAUAUAGGUUAAUGUAAUUUUUAAUGUGUCCUUGCUCGACAACGCGUCGAAUUUAACACGCCGUAUCGAUUUCCCAUGCGUUUGCCUUAAUUGCGUACGAUUUCUCGAUUGAACGUUGUACAUACGCAAGUUUUUAUUUAUUGUAUCGAAUAAAUAUUUUUUUACUUCA